UCUCAUCACUCUCAGUUCUUGGCACUCAUCCCUCCUCCUCCUCCUUUCCUUUGCUUCGUGGCCCACACCUACAGCACACGACUCAACGUACUCUCAUUUGCUCUCUCUUUUUCUCUUUCUUUUUUUUUUUGCUCUUUUCCCUUUUCUUGGCCCAUGAAUAUUAACACAUCAAGACCGUCGUUGCCAUGUCUGAUCAGCUUUAACAUCAGUUGACCAGAUCCUUUCUCCAUCGCACACCUAUUCUCUCUUAUUUCUACCCUAUCUCCUCUUCUUUCCUCUUCUUCUUUUGCUCCUGCUUCCAUUCUUAACUAGACUCCUCCUCCCCCUGCCUCUUGCCCUGCCCUCAUUCCAAAACCCAGACCCUUUUAUUUUUUUCUCAUUUGGCCAUGCUUCUCUCCUCCCUGCCCCAGCAGCAGCAGCAGCCCAGACAGCACACCCCCACUUACAUCUAUCACCAUCAUAGUCACCACUCUAGCCAGAGCGAGUCCUCGUCCAGUAGCACCUCGACCUCAUCCUCGCCUUCAAAGUACAACAAGCGUGCGCUGCAGCAGUUCCGCCAAGAGCAGCUCGAUAGCAUGUCCAUCACCGUCGAGGAGUACGAGGACGUCCUCAAUGCCGAGGUUUGGAUUGAAAUCAACAAGCUCCGGGACUAUGCUCGCCAUGGCAUCUCCAGAGAAGUGCGAGGGGUACGUUUUUUUAGACCUCAAUCGUGUCUUGCAUCCUUGGUAUUUUACCAUCAUCUACUCCACACUUUACACACACUGAACAAGCAAUUACAACUGGGGGUAAGGGGGUUGCGCGUCGUGCUUUUUGUGUAUCCUUCGAAACAACCGUGCUACAUUCACCACAUGGGAAAUUUUCUACCUACGUUGAUAGAGGUGAACAGUGCUUCCAGUGUGCCUUUUCAUUUUACUUCGUUUUUCCUGGCCUUUAAUGGAUGGAGCUCGCAUGCAUGGAGCUAUCGUUCUUUGUGUCCUCCCUACAUAUUCCAUGCUAGCCUGCCUAUGUUUGUCACGCUUGCAUGGCUAUGGAAAGAUGAAUGGUCUUUUAUUUUUGUGUUUUUGGUCGGCUGAGCAUUCUGAGCGCGCGCGAUUUCACUUCAUGGCCGCGCAUUGUUUUUUUUUUUUUUUUUUUUUUUUUGAGGGGAACAAUCUUCAGAUGGAGGAACAGACACCACACGAGCAGUGCACUGUGGGGUGCAGAAGUCAAUUUACAAGGGGGGAUGUGUGCUCACGAGGCGGAUUAAUUCGAUUCGACUCAAACAGCCAUGCACUUAUUCUCCUUCUGAA